AUGGUGGACGUACUCAAAGGCGUGAACCUGCUGGAAACCCUUAAAGACUCUAUGGAGCAUAAUAAUUUGUCCGAGGUCAAAGACGCGGUGGAAGACCUCCUCAUCAGCAGGCUCAACUUGGCUGUGGCGGGUGAGUGUUCGGUGGAGAAAACCACCUUUAUCAACUCACUUCACAGAAUCUCUGCUGGUGACGAAGGGGUGGUUCCCUCGUCGUCGGUCGCCACUGAGGACUUGAGGUGCUAUCCUAACCCCGCUCACCCCGACUUCCGGAUGUGGGACCUUCCGCCAAUCCCCAUUGUGACUCCAUUCGAGCCCGAUGUCUACAUGGAUGCCGUCAAGUUCCUCCGUUACAAUGUGGUCUUCCUAACAUUCACAAAGACUCCUUCACCGAGCUUGGUGUCAGUGGUGCUGCGGGCCCAUGCACUGCAGAUCCGGACAGUCUACUUGACUCUCUUGGUUUCUGGGAAAAAUCAAGAUCUGGAUUCCAAAAGAAGAGCUAGCAUGGAUGCUCUGACAUCCCAGGGUGUCACACAGGCUAAAGUUUACUUGGUCAACCCGUCUUCACUGGAAACGUUGGACUUCCCUGCCUUGCUGGAAGACCUGGCCAAAGAACUCCCAGAGAUCAGGUGGUAA